AUGUUGUUCCAGCGUCGAGCUAUCGUAAGUACAGCACGAGCGCUCUAUCCAAACGUCCCACGACCACCCACGACUCUACGAGCAUUCUCUACGACACCGGCAACCAGGGGCAAAGACUCCAAGGUCUCGCGUGAUCCUCCCAAGCAUGAGAUGGUCUACUUCCCCAAGCUUACCUCGGAAGUGAGAGCCUUCGGACAGUUCAGGAAGGUGUUACAUACCGGCCUCUACAGUCAAGUCGUGACGAUGGAGGUCCCAGUGGGAGGUGACAUCGGUGACGAGGUCCACACUGUCGAUCAAGUCCUGAUUUUCACAGGUGGUGAGGGGAAGGCUACAGUGGCAGGCAAGGACCAGGAUGUGAAAGCAUCAGACGUCGUUGCUGUACCAGCAGGCACACAGCAUCAGUUCAUCAACACCAGCACUCCAGCAGAGCACGACCCACAGACCGUCCACAAGACGAAGGAAGGGGGCGAUGAAGAGGAAGAGAGCGGCAAGGACGAGGCGCCAGAGUGGUUGCAGCAAUCAAAGGAUGCGAAUGAGCAGAAUGGUCUGGUCAAGGAAGAAGGUGGACCAUACGAGAAUGGCGAUGAUGGAAGACACCAGAUGUCGUAG